AUGCUGCGAGUCGUAGCCUCUUCUCCUGAGCCUUAUCGGGAUCUUCAAGCUACCGACCGUUCGCCUCUGUGGCAGCUAUUCAGCAGCAUCGUCUGUUUCACCCAGAACUACAUUGCAGCAAAGAAGACCGGACUGCCCAUCGUCAGCAGCCCAGUGUAUAGCAGAAGCCUACCUUGGCUUGCACUUUCGCCGCUCCUUGGUCCGCUUCUGCUCAAGGCGCCGUUUGGGCUGGGCUCAUGGGUGCGGUACAACCGCUACAUGUGGGUUUUGGAGGAGAAAGCCCGGAUGUUUCAGGAGAAGGGGAAAGUGUUUGUGGUUGUUAACCCCCGUAAAUUGCAGGUGGGGUACAUCUCAGCGGUCAAAUGCGAAAUGGUUUUAGCUGAUUCCGAGCAGAUAUACUCAGUAGACCUUGACGUUAUAAGACAGGUUUACCUAAGGAAGAAACAUUUCGAGCGCGAUUUGGAGGGAUGUGAGCAGAUGCCCGAGUUGUUGAAGCCAAGUGUCAGUUCCGCGUUUGGUGCGGAUUGGCAACGGCACAGACGUAUUACUGCUCCUCCUUUCAAUGAGAGCAACAUGAAGAUUGUCUGGCAAGAGUCCCUGACACAAGCUUCCGGACUCACUCAGUGGUGGAUUUCUCAUGGGACUGAUGGCUUUAGGAGCUCUUGUUCAGACACAAUGACUCUCGCACUUAAUGUCCUCGCAGCAGCCGGGCUGGGUUACUCGUGGAAAUUCGUAGCAGUGGGCCAGGAUAGCGAGGCCGACGACGAUUUCUCUGCGCGUUACCGUGACAAUCUUGCUGUGCUUCUUACCAGCAUUCGUCUUCUAGGCACGACACCAAAGUGGAUGUACGACCUCGGUCCCAACCACAUCAAGUAUUUGCCAAAAUUGUUCCGAGACCAUGUUGUGGCGUCGCAAGCAUUCCGGAAGCAGAUGCGACAGCUGGUCGAAGAGAGGAAGGUCGAAGUGGCCGCUGGUAGGGCCAAUGAGAACAUCUUCCUCAACGCGAUGAUUGCCAAAUCCGUCGAGAUGCGACAAGAAAAAACAGCCAAAACGUCUCCCGCUGGUGAUGACUUCGGACAACUAGACGCCAAUGGAAGCGGAGGGCUAUCGGAUGACGAGAUCUUCGCGAACAUGUUCGACUAUAACAUCGCAGGUCACGAGACUACUGCACACACUCUGAACUACUGCUUUCAUAUCCUCUCAGUCGAACCUCAAUGGCAGGAAUGGCUUCAAGAGGAAGUAGACCAUGUCUAUGGCACGUUGCCACUAGACACAUCCAGCCUAGAGUAUGAGCAAUACUUCUAUAGGCUCAAGCGCUGUCUGGCUUUCAUGUACGAAAUGCUCCGACUCUACAGUCCUGUCGUUGACAUGGAAAAAGACGUUCUCGGCAGGGGCCAAGAGCUGCGUGUCGAUGGCCGCACGAUAUUCAUUCCCGGAGGAUCUGAGGUUCACAUGUCCAAUCUCGCGGUGCAUCUGCUUCCUGAGUACUGGGGCGCCGACAGCGAAGAAUUCAGGCCAACGCGCUGGAUUUUGUCCGCCCCAAAGCCGUCCGAGUCUGCCAUUUCCGCUGAUGCUGUGGAUGAGACCCACAAAUCAGGCAAUAUGCUUGAUUUCGAGGAAGUCGCGCCCCCACCUGUUGCCAAAGAGUCUUUUUUCCCGUGGUCACUAGGUGCGCGCAACUGUCCCGGAAAGAAGUUCGCACAGGUUGAGUUCGUGGCCGUCGUGUCAUACGUGCUGCGGUUGUAUAGACUGGAGGCGGUUAAGCUCGAGGGAGAAACGCCGGAGAUCACCCGGAGCAGGAUCUGGGAAUGGACGAGAGAAAGCAAAGCGGAAAUUACGAUCAAUUUCCGUGAGCCUGAGAAGUACGCUUUGAGGUUGGUGAAGCGGCAGUAA